GGUUCAGGGGCUUUUGGCAUGAAUUUAACCAGCAGUUUGUCGGCGCAUGGCUGGGAUUUUACCGGAGGUUGGCUUGACCGAAGGUCAAAAUCCUUGCUAUUCCCACGUCCUGGGGAGAGCUGUGGUUACAAUAGGCUGUUACAGGAUGGAUCAUGGUCAAGUAAUAGUUGUUUCAAGCAUAACUCCUACAGAGCAAGAGAAUGUUUCCAUUGACUCUAGAACUUUUGCUCAGGUUUUCAGUCGUUUGAAAUGUUUCCGAGAGGUGGGAAAACUGUGUGAUGUCAGGAUCCAUGUCAAUGGUGAGGAGUCUUUCCUUGCACACGGGGCAGUGCUGGCCGCGUGGAGCUCACGACUUGCUGCAGAAAUUCUCGACAAACUGUCGAAUGCCAGCAGGUUUGACAUAGAAUUACAAUGUGAUAAAGCUGCUCUCUCCCAGUGCUUGGAUUACAUGUAUUCAGGGCACAUAACUCUGUCACAACAAAAUGUAACAAAAAUACUAACCUUAGCCAAAGUGCUCUCCCUUGAUUCACUUUGCUUGAAAUGUGAACAGUUCCUAAUCCAAGAGAUCAGAAUUGAUAAUUUCAUCGACAAAUAUUUCCUUGCUUUGAAAUUCAAACUACUGAAUCUGCAAGAAAAAGUUGCGGAGUUUGUGCAUAUGAAUAUAACGCUGGUAAUCGAAUGUGUGGCGUUGUUGAACCUCAGACCAGUAGAGCUGAAAGUCUUUAUAACAGAAGGCAAGAUGACGAACUUGAAACAGGAGGUCAAGUUUUCUCUCAUCAUAAGCUGGAUCGGAAUAAAUCUACCAGAAAGGGAAAGAUUCUUAUUAUAUCUCUUCAACCAGAUUUGUUGGAACGAAUCUGUUGCAGACUUGCUUAUGCAGAUAAGUUGUACUCAGAAUAUCUUCACUACCAAUGAGCUGUGUCUGUUUCAAUUGCUUGAGAGUUUCGUUACAGCAAAAGUCCGCCAUUUGGGUCCAUAUGAAACCAUUUACCCACGUCUGUCUAUAACCUACUCUCGCAUACUGAUUGAGCUUAAAAAUCCAAGAGAGUUUCUCGUUUCAGCUGAUCAUAUACUUAAAAUGCCGAGUGUUUUCAUCAGUUCGAAAGUUGGGGAGUUCAAUGGGAGUAAAAAAGUUGAAACUCAGGAUGUUGCAGUAAAUACUGAAGCUAUGUAUUCUGAUGAAAAUAUCAUCAAAAAUGAAAUUUUAGACAUUUCAAGUGAGAGAACAGAAUGUGAUACUGCAGUUGAUAUUGUAGUUGAAAAGAUAGGAGAUGGCAUAGCUAGUGCGGAAGCAAUCAAAUCUCCAAAUCAUAAGAAUAGAAGAAAGAGUUUACCAAGAAAACUACCUGCCAAUAGAAAAGAAAGUGAAAAGACAAAGGAAAAGAAGAGUAAAAAGUCGAGAAAAAACCAAAGCAAGGAGGGUAAAAAUAAAUCAGCAAGCAAAGUACAAAACACUGACAUUGAAGUAACUGACAAACUGGAGGAAGUAAAUGAUGAAGAAUCUGCACUUGUAAACAGUGAACAGCUGGAUGAUCUGGAAGAUGAUUAUGACGAUUACAAUGAUGACACUGAAGAUGAUAUGACUUUUGAAAUCAAUGAGAAAGAAGCUGUUAUCAAUCAAUCAGAUGUUAAAGCGGAUGUAAUAGGGGCAGUGAGUAUUUUUGACAAAGAUGCUGAAGACAAAGAAUUGAAUGAAGAGCCAUUUAAUAAUGAUAAGCCAUUCACCAAUGUUACAUCCAUACACUCAGGGAAAGGGAAACGUGGUCGACCAACAGGGACUAAAGGUCGACCAUCAGGCAUUAAAACGAGAAAGAGGGUAAAAGGGGGCCUUAAGUCUUUGAGAGAGUCAAUGAUGGAAAGGGAAGAUUGGCCAAGGAAACAACGGGCUCGUAAACCAAUAGACAAAAGUGCACCAAAAAUAGAGUGUUCGUAUGAAGCUUGUGCUUUUAUGUCUAGACGCCAGGACAUGCUAGAGAAACAUGUUGAACGUGUGCACCUGACAGACGCCAAAUUAGCUUGCCAUAAGUGUGAAUUUAAAACCAAUGAUAUGAAGUCCCUCUGUGAACACAUGAAGCACCACUAUACAGACGUGCCCUACAACUGUGAAUUCGGUGAAUGCUCACAUUCAUUUAUGCGAAUCGGCGUAUUUAUACGACAUGUUAUGACACACCUGGAUAUACGUCCAUAUGGCUGUGAUCUCUGCCCAAAGAAGUUUGUCACCUAUAACCAACUCUGCAAUCACAAAAAACUGCAUGAAGGGCGGAAGUUCGAGUGUGAUGUUUGUAACAAGACGUUUUCUACGAAGGGCGCCAUGCAGCAACAUCGAAUGAUCCAUUUUAGCAGCAAGCCUUAUCUGUGUGACACAUGUGGCUUUGCUACGAAACACCAGUCACAUCUCAUCUCUCACAGGAAGAUACACACAGGUGACGUGUUCAGGUGCACGUACCCAGAUUGCCAAUAUUCCACACCAAAACAAGGCCACAUGACUCAACACUUGAAUUCACACUACAACAUUCGAAACCACAUCUGUCAGGUAUGCGGCAAAUCAUUUGUGGUUAGAGGAAAAUUGCUUCGACAUGAGAGAAUCCAUUUGAAAGAUAAACUCUACAAGUGUAAACAGUGUGACUAUCAGACAUCUCGUACUGACCGCAUGAAAUUGCAUAUCGAAAGUCAUGGUAUAAAGUUCCGACGGAAAAAGUUUAAUAUUCCAAAAGUAGAAGAGGACGAACUCUCAGAAGGAAUCGACUACCAUCAGUUUUAUGAGCGUAUACAACAAAGUGAUGCCAAAUUGUUGCAGCAGGAUUCAGACACCAACGUGGGAUCAUACACUGUGUCCAGCAUUCCAUUUAUGACCAUGACAGAUCUGAAAGUCAAUGAUGUGAUAAGUCUUGCAGCAAGUACGACAAUUUUGACAGACACUUUUCCAUCGUCGCGAUUACCCAUGGAUCCCCUCAGUGCAGCAGCCGCGGCAGCAAAUAUUGACGGUAACGCACAUGGACUUGACUAUAGUCACAGCUAUGAGAGGCUCCAAGCUGCCUCUUUUGAUCACCUGUAAUUUAUACAUUGGUUCUUGUUAAAAAGGUACAACUACAGAUAAACACAAAUGUAUCACAUAUUAAUUCUCUGGGGUUGUUUUUUUUUCAUCAUAUUUUAAGAUGUGUAACUUUUGUUACUUGUUUACCAAUUAUCACUUUGUGUUCAAAAAUGAUUGUAUUGUGAAUGCAUGUAUCUUUUUGCUAGUUAGCGCAUACAAAUGAAUUUAAAAGUAAAUAUGUUUAUUAGGCAAAGCCAUGCCCAAUUGAUUCUUUGUUUAGCCACUAGUUUAUAUUUCAAUACAUACCUACCAGGCAGUAAAAUACUAACAAAUGUCCAGAAGAAAAAAGCAUAACUCAUUAUUUUAAAUUCAAGCUCUUAAAGAUGCAUACACACUGCAGGUGCGGGGUUAAGUAACAAAGCAUUAAAAAAACUUGGAAGACAAAACUUUACAUAUGCAAGUUGAUAAAUAACUAAAGCUAGAUAUUUUAAUGGUUUAUAGAAUUGAAUUUUAAACUUGUUUUAUUUCUAUUUAAGCUUUGUUAAUGCAGUUUUAUUUACCUUAUUUAGAUUUUUAAAUCUGUUUGUUUUUUGGGUCUGUUUUUUUACUCCAAGAUUCAAAAGCUACUUAAACGAAAUGACACCAAACAUUUGCCCGACCAAAUUGAUCGGUUAAGAAUUGACCAAUCAGUACAUUAGCAGCCAAUUGUAAAACACCUUGGUAAAAUGUCCAAAUGUUAACUUUAUGGCUAGUUUGCACAAUUAAAUGAUUUGAUUGGUUGAUAGUUAUUGUUGGAUAAAAAGUGACUACUCAAAAACACUUUGGCUUAUUUUAACCGCACCAAAGAGUUAACCAAUUUUGAACAAUUGGCUGUUUACUUAAUGUAAAACAUGAUAACCAGUUUAAGAUUCUCAAAUGAUGGCCGCUCUCAGAUUUAUCUACCACUGAUCUGGAAGAUGUCUUAUUAUAAUUGUUUAAUCAGACUGUACGUGUAAAUAUGUACGUAAAUAUGAAUAUAUAUAUAUAUAUAUAUAUAUAUAUAUAUAUGUGCCAUAGUUGGUUAUCAACCAAAAUAAGUAUAUAUAUUUUUCAAAGCUCUCUUUUAAAAGUAUUUAAAACUGCACUCUCACAGAUCAAACGUUUUGAAAACUUUUUUAUUUUUUGUCUUGGAACGAGCCAAUUUUUUUGCGAAAAUCCAUGGAAACCAAUUAUAUUAGACUGCUGACAAAAAAUUAGAUCAAUAAUUUUUAUAUUUAAGUUCAAAAAUUGAUGUUUUAUGCAUUUUUCUUAAACCGUUAAUAACGGUUUAAGCCAUAAAACAUUACUUUUUGAAAAGUAAAUAUGAAAUACUACAAUCUGAUUUUUAGCUCCACUGGCCGAAGGCCAUGGAGCUUAUGUCGUCACAGAUUGUCCGUCGUGAGUGCGAAACUUGAUAGAAUUGUUCCUUGGGUGGUCCUUAACCAAAAUUGCUCAAAUGGUUCCGGUCCGCUGCACAACAUGGCUGCCAGGGCAAAAAAAUAGAAAAACCUUUAAAGAACAUCUUCUCAGAAACCGAUGAUCAGAUUUUGAUGAAACUUAACAGAAAUGUUCCUUGGAUGGUCCUUUAUCAAAUUGUGUCAAUGGUUUCGGUCCACUGCACAAGAUGGCCCCCAGAGGUAAAAAUAGAAAAACCUUUAAAUGACUUCUCCUCAGAAACCGAUGAUCGUAUUGCAAUGAAACUUGACAGAAAUGUUACUUGGGUAGUCCUUAACCAAAAUAGCCCAAACAGUUCUGGUCUGCUGCACAACAUGGGCACCAGAGCUAAGAAUAGAAAAAAAAUGUUAAACUACAUCUUCUCAGAAACCGAUUAUCAGAUUUUGAUGAAACUUGACAUAAAUGUUCAUCUGGAUGCCCUUUAACCAAAAUUGCCCAAAUGGUUCCGGUCCGCUGCACAACAUGGCUGCGAGAGUUAAAAAUAGAAAAACCAUUAAGGACUUCUCGUCCGCAGUCUUCACGAAAAACAUUUUAACCUACUAGCCAGUUGGACUAGCAUAAUGGCAUAUUUUACUAGUCCGAAUGACAAUCUAGUAGUCCGACUAUUUUGCCACAUUAUAAAACUGUAUGCUUGAGGUAAAUACCUAUUUCAAUUGAGCAGCUUGCAGUUUGAGUAAACAUUUCUUUAUUAUGAUGCUCAUGCAGUGAUAGGGAGUGACAUCCUUCUGUUGGGAAUAGUGCUCCUUGUUUUUCAGAACCUAUGGGUACUAUGUAAAAACAAAAGGCAUCUUGCUUGAAUAGACUGUAAUAAUAUCAACAUGGUUAGAAAAGAAAUGCCAUGCUUUAAUAGCUUUGAUUACAUUUUACUACUGAAUUACCUCCCUUUAAUAGAAAAAAAAAUAAUGUCUUAAUUUUUCACGUAUAGCAUCUUUAAAUAAUUUUUAAACAAUAAUAAUUUAUGAGUAAACAUAUAAGCAUAAAGUUCUCACAAAAAGAUCAAUUUAAAAACCUUACAUUUAUACAUAGGAAAGUAUAUAUAGACUGAACAUUAAUUUUCGUUUAAGUGACAUUCUGAAAGUUUAUGAAACAGCUAUUUUUAGUAACUUAAAUGGCCGAAAAGUGUAAGUGAAGCACCAAGUCGAUUCUAUCUCGUCAGUUCUUGUUCAGGUUAGAUAUUUGCUUCAUAAUCUAUUCAGAUUAAAUGUUAACCGAUGAUCAGAUUUUGAUGAAACUUGACAGAAAUGUUCCUUGGGUGGUCAUUAACCAAAAUUUGUUAAAUGGUUCCAGUCCACUGCACACCAUGGCUGCCAGAGCUAAAAAAUAAAAAAAACAUUAUACGACUUGUCGUCGAAACCGAUGACCUUUUUUCGAUAAAACUUGACAGAAAUGUUUGUUUGGUGCUCCUUUACUCAAAUUGCCCAAAUCAUUUCGGUCCACUGCACAACAUGGCAGCCAGAGCUAUUAAAGUAAAAUUUUUUUUAAAUAACUUCUCCUCAAAAAUUGAUGAUUGUAUUUCUAUGAAACUUGACGAAAAUGUUCGUUAGGUGGUCUUUGCUUGAACCUUUUGGCCAGUGGAGCACAGGCACUGAUGUGCCUCUUGUUUGUCAGCAAUCUUAAAUCAUUGGUUUGAAGAUGUUUACGCAAAAAAUAAUUCAAAAAAUAAAAAAGUUGUCGAAAUGAUAUAUCUGUGUGAGUGCAGCUUUAAAUAUUGAUGGCUAUUGAACCAGUAGCCACAUUUUCAUUAUUUCAUAGCUUUGUAUUGAGGGACAUAUCAAUCACAUGUUGGUUUUGUUGGAGCCAUUGGUAAUGUAAAUUUGUUAAAAAUAUUUAUCAUUUUAUUUUAUAAAAAGAAACAAUUCAAGAUAAAUGUGUUCAUUUCAUUUCUUUUUAGAACCAUAUUUGUUGAUCCCUUUUGAAGACCUCCAUUGAUUUUUAGAUCAACAUAUCAAAAUUCAAGGUGACUAGGUUACCAGAUUUACAGCACUCAUGGUAGUCUUUCAAAACAAUUUGAAUUUAUUAUACCCCCACAAACGAAGUUUGAGGGGGUAUAUAGGAGUGAGCUUGCGGGUCGGUCGGUCGGUCGGUCUGUCGGUUUUCAUGGUUUCCGGACGAUAACUCAUGAAAGGCUAGACAGAUUUGAAAAAUUUUUGGUACACAGGUGUAACAUCAGAAGAUACAGGUCAAGUUCGAUAUUGGGGCUGUUGGGGCCAAGGUCAAGGUCACUGUUACUAAAAAUAGAAAAACGGUUUCCGGACGAUAACUCAUGAAAGGCUUGACAUAUUUGAAAAAAUUUUGGUACACAGGUGUAACAUCAGAAGAUACAGGUCAAGUUCGAUAUUGGGGCUGGUGGGGCCAAGGUCAAGGUCACUGUUACUAAAAAAAGAAAAACGGUUUCCGGACGAUAACUCAUGAAAGGCUAGACGGAUUUGUACAAUUUUUGGUACACAGGUGUAACAUCAGAAGAUACAGAUCAAGUUAGUGAGCAGGUCGGUCGGUCGGUCGGUCGGUCUGUCGGUCGGUCUGUUUUCAUGGUUUCCGGACGAUAACUCAUGAAAGGCUAGACAGAUUUGAACAUUUUUUGGUACACAGGUGUAACAUCAGAAGAUACAGGUCAAGUUCGAUAAAUCCUUCAAAAACUAAAUGAGCAAAUAUUUACCUUAAAAGUAAUUGACACUUGGAAAGAUGAACAAACAAAACAAAUCCAGCAUGCUUCAUUUGAACCAGAUGCCAGUGGAAUACCAGCAGAACUUAAGUACGGCAUAUUUGCCACAGUCCCGGGAUUUAUUCCCAGGUGGAUAAGGAUGCAUUCAAGCCCAAAUAUGUACUCGUAAAAUUUGAUGAUGAUCGUGUUGGAAGAAAAGCUCGUGAAUGCUCUAGAUGUCUUAUUCCAGAAGAGAUCAGCUAGAGCAUCAGCUAGUUUUUCUUGUCAGCAUUGUAACUUCUAAAUUACUCAACAGAUUUAAAUAAAACAAUACAUGCAUGAUAAAAGAAGAUGCAGUGUGCAGUAACCUUGGAGUUAUGGCCUCUUUCAAAGGAAUGGUUUGCCAUUCCUGUGUCCAGGCGGCAUUUGGGGGUAUUCGUCACUCCUGUGACAGCUCUAGUUUACAAUGAUAUUAUAAAAUAUAAACUGGCAUUACCCAUAUUCUUUAAACAGUUAACUAUUUCACUAUUCCUUAAGAGGACGCAUACAUGUUUUACCGCAAACUAUAACUCAUUAGCUCCUACAAGAACACAUUGACUGGGUCAAUAACUCGACUUACUAUACUCAAACUUACACGAGAUGUUGGUCAUAACCUCAAAUAACCCCAUUGACUUUUAUAUGAACGGCUAACUUGCUCUCAUAAGAGGCACAAAUUUUUUACAAACAUUUCUUGUUAUCCUUAUAUACAUCUUUAUUCUAUAACCACAUACUGGUGAGAUAUUGAUUGUGUUGUAUCUGUGUGUGGUUAUAGAUGUUGAUGAUAAUGAUUGCAUGUGUAUGUUGUUAUAUUUAUUAAUUUUGUAAGAUGUUGAUGGUUAUUUAUUUAAGUUUAAUGUUAUUGAUGUAAAUUUUUUGAUGUUAUAGAUGUUAAUGGUGGUUAUUUAUGUAUAAUAUCAUUGAUGUUAAUUGUUUGAUGUUAUAUACCGUAUAUGUUAACUUAUUUACUUGUGUAUCAUGUUAUAGAUGUUGAUUAUAUGCUUUAUGAUGUUAUAGAUGUUGAUUAUAUGCUGUAUGAUGUUAUAGAUGUUGAUUAUAUGCUGUAUGAUGUUAUAGAUGUUGAUUAUGUUAUGUAUGAUGUUAUAGCCGUAGAUUAUAUGAUGUUAUAGAUGUUGAUUAUAUGCUGUAUGAUGUUACAGGUGUUGAUUAUAUGCUGUAUGUUGUUAUAGAUGUUGAUUAUGUGAUGUAUGAUGCUAUAGAUAUUAUUGAUGUAUAUCUGUGUAUGAUUUUAUGGUGGUUAUUUGUUGAUGAUGCUAUAGAUCUUCAUAAUGUCAUAAUGAUUUAUUCUAAUCUAUUGAUUUUUAAUGUAUCAUAAUAUGAUCAUUUAGUUAGAAUAUAUGAAUGGUAUAUGAAUAAAAUCAACCAAUACAGAGACUAAUUGUUGAUUGUUUAUAAAGAAGGGAUAUGUUUUCAAUGAUCUAUUACUAUUACUAAGCUUACUCAAUAUUCACCUGGUUAUACAUGAUACAGUAGCUAAAAUGUUAACAUAAGAAUAUAUCGUUAUACUUGAAAAUAUAUUCCAGCAUCUAAUCAGGCUAUUCAAUUGAAUACAAAAUGUUCUACUUAUCUUUGGAAUAAAACAUGGAAACGCAA